AUGGUUCAGUGGCGAAGGCGUGUCGGCGGCAGCUUUGUUGUGGUCGCAGCGAUGGCAGCACUUGCCUUAGCAGGUCCAUCCACGCCCGUUAUUGGCCCACAGGUUUUAACCACAAGCAUAGCAGUCAACACCACCAACGCCACACAGACGACUCCUACCACCACUACACGCAGCACCACGACCGACACACCAACCACGACGACACUGCUUCCUACGACCGCAGUCCCCAAUACAACCACCGUCCAGCCAACAAUCACCACUGAACAGCCAUCCACGGUCGCCCCAACUACCACACCAAUCACCACCGCAACGCUCGCUCCAGUGACCAACACCACAAAUUUACCCACGACCACCGUGACAGUCCCACCCACAACUGUGCCCACCACAACGACCAACGCUCCGACACACGUGACAGUCAUUGUUCAGAUUGCUGCGUCGCCAUCGCCGCCAAUAUCCACCACGGAUGGCUCUACCGAAUCUGCGGCAUCGGCGAUGGAGGAAUCGCCUUCAGGAGAGCUUUCUGCUCCGGUUGUGGCGUGCAUUAUCGUCGGCGGUCUCAUUCUCGUAUGUCUUGCCGUCAUUGCAGUCAUGAGCUUCCAGCGACUAGUGAGCAAGAAGCGACGGUUGGACAAGCAAGAUAACAUGGCGAUGCGCUCCAACUUUGACGAGUCUCAACUUGACAGCAGCAUGCUAGAUCAUCAUUCGACGGCGGACGGGCCGAGCCGGUACUAUCCCCCGUACUCCAAGCACCCGCCAAAGUCGCCCGUUCCCGUCCUAAGUUUGCGGCAUUACGAGAGCGACACGGCGUCCACAGUCAAGACCGAUCUGUCCAUCAAAACCGACAGCGAUACAAGCUUCCACAUGUAUGGCCGACCCACGAGCGACAGCAUUGACUCGUAUCGACCAAGUCCCCAUGGCGACGUGUAUCGGAAUAUGACGUCACCGUCAUACACGCCUCACACGAGGGCGAGCCAUACGUUCUCGGACACGCUGACGGCUAGUCACCGCACCAACGACUUCUCGUUCAGCACUCAAUUCUCGCGCGUGAGCAGUAUGUCCACGUUUAGGGCGUAUUCAUCCAACUUGCUCCUACGGAACAGCGACGACUUGUCGGUGUACAGUGAUCGAUCGGAUGGCACCAUUUUUUAGUGAUAGUCGCUUAGAAGUAAGUAUAUUCCCCCCAGUAAUUUACAGCACAUGCCCAGAGGACUGGUGACAUAAUCCUCACGUUUCUUGCCUCC